AUGGACAGAAAGCGUGGAAAAUAUGUAGUCAAUAUUGAACGCUCUGAAAACCAGCUUCCAAUCACGUGUUCAGAUGACCAACAGGCUCAUAGUUCUGCAUGCUGGCAUCUACCUUCAAGUGGUACAACUGGUCAUGUCUCGUCCAACCUAACUGGGGUCUAUGUGAGCCCAGCAGCCCUUGCACACUCAAGAAACCCACACACAGAAUUGUCCAGUACAGAGGCAAAAGGAAAUUGGUGUAAUGACUUGUCUCUGUGGAAAGUCUUUUUGGCUUGUCUCUUAGCCUGUGUGAUAACAACAGCAACUGGAGUACUCAUAAUACGCCUGGUGAACAACAGAGAAAAUGACAGUUCUCCCAUUACUAACCAGCUACCUGCAAACAAUGAGGAGCCUAUACUUAGCAUUCCUGGAAUGACCUCUACUACUUCACAACCUGCAGGGACCACCACGUCAACUGAACCCGUAACUAAAACCACUUCAACAGAAUCUACAGCCACUGCAACGUCCAUUGAACCUACAGCCACAACAGCCAUUACCAUCGCUUCCACUGAACCCAGAACCUCAACAGCCAUCACUAUCACUUCAACUGAGCCUACAACCUCG